ACUGCUCUUGCUGUUCCCAGCUGUCGAGCGAGUGCUGCUGACAGGUCCGUGUCGCCAUCGCACUCGCACUCACGCCGCCCGCGUCUAUCUGCUGCAUAUAUACAUACAGGCGGAUCGGAUCAUCGGAGGUCCAUCGUAGAGAGCUAGCCAUGGCCGCGCACCGCCGCUGCGCCCGCACCCUGCUCCUCCCCGUCCUCCUCCUCCUCGUGGCCGCCGCCGUCGCCUUCGCCGCGCGCGACCUCGACGCCGCCAACCCGCUCCCUACGCCGGCCGCCGGAACCAAGCCCGACCCUGCUUAUCACGGAGGCUACGGCGGCGCCAUCCCGGGCAUCCCGCCCGGCAGCUUCUACCCUCGCGGCCCGGGCAGCAACGGAGGCUACCCAGCCGGUGGGUUCGGCGGCGGCGGCGGGUGGGGCCAGGGCGCGGGGUACGGCGGCGGAGGGUACGCGCACGGCGGCGUGGAGGUGCCGGCGGUGGUGUGCCAGGAGAAGGGCCCCUGCUACGGCAAGAAGGUGGCGUGCCCCAAGCGGUGCUUCUGGUCCUAUAGCCGCUCCGGCAACGGCUACGGCGCGGGAGGCGGCGGCGGCUCGUGCACCGUCGACUGCAAGGCCAAGUGCACCGCCACCUGCUGACUGCAUCAUUGCAUGCUACCGACUGAUCGAUCGAGCUGAGUCUCUGAAACAUUGACAUUGUAAUUCGAUCGAGAUAGCUGCUCAAGAUCGGAGUACUAUGUUGUUGUUACUAUGUAUUUGUACCAUGCAUAUUGUACUAUGUGAGAUGCUAAUUUAAGAGUGUG